CUCAGCCUCCCAAGUGCUGGGAUUACAGACGUGCGCCACCAUGCCCGGCCUAUUUGGGCUUUUUAUUGCUGCUCAGUAGGAGCAAGGUGGGCAGAGGGAGCUCAAAUGGGUGCGUCCUCCCAGCUAGUGGUUCGGUGAAAGGUACGGAGGAGAAAGAGGUUUCAAUGACUAACUUGGAGUGAUCUGUGGGCUUCACAUUCCCUAACGAGGGAUUUAGGAUGUACAUUCCGAUCGGGAUUUCCAGCCGGGGGGAGCGCACACAACCACAUUCCUGAAGCUGCAGCCUCCGCGCUCCGCUGGGCCUGACCCCAGGCGGCAGGUUUCGCUCAGCCUCCCUUCUGCCCGGACCCUCGAUUGGGCCUGAGGAAAGACCCUUCGCCUCUCUCCAUCUGUAUCACAUGGUCGUUCUCUGGUCCCUCCCCUCUUUCUCCCGAGUCCGCCUUUUUCUGACGGCGGCGGUCGUGAUUGUUCCUACGGCCUCCCUGUCUCUCCUCCUGCCCCGGCCUCUCUGGAGCGGUCAGUGUCCUCUUCAGUGACAAAAGCCGCCCCAGAUCUGCGCUCCCCGGGGAGGGAGGUGGCUGGCCCGGCAGUGGGAGCCGCAGUCUCUCCGUGGGGCCGCGGCAGCCCCUCCCCCGCGGGGCACACAAAUGGGCUUUAUCCUAUCCGGCAAGCAAACACCGCCCCCCAGGCACAUGGCACGUGGACCCAGGCCUCUCAGUGGGACGCGCUGGUGACAGGCGCCAGAGAAAGACAUCACCAAGCCAAGCGCUCCUGGCCUCCCUCUUACUCCACACCCACCUUCAGAUCCCUAACCUGCGCCCUGAGUCCCCGGCUCCAGAUCUAUCUCCAAACUUGAGACGCUUCCUAUUCCAGGGCAGUUCGGAAUCUGCAGGGCUCGGGGAACAGGUCCCCCAGCAGCUCCCCGACACGCUCAGGCGGGCAGAGGAGAACGCAGUGUCCUGCGGGGCUGGGCUGGGCCCCGGAGCGCUCCUGCCUGCCCGCCUGCUCCAGGGCACCCCCACUCGAGCGGGGUCUUCGCGAUUGCUGAGGAAGGAAGAGCUGCCCAGCUGGGCGCCCGAGCCGGGCCAGCGCUCCGUGAGGCGCGCGCCGCUCGGAGCGGGGCCAUCCUGCGUGCCUAAUCGGCUAUUUAAGGAGCUGCCCGCCAGCAGCCCAGCCCGCCCGCCCUCCCGUGCACCCGUCCAGAGCCACCUUAAAAGCGGAGGCAAUUGUGAAGCCGCUGGCCAGCAAGAGGAGUGGAGACUGCAGAGUCCUCCAGUCCCCAAACUCCGGGUCCCCUGUCCCUCAGUGGGGAUGCCAUGUUGUUCUUCGCCCUCCUGCUAGAGGUGACUGGGAUCCUGGCUGCCGACGAGGGUCACCACUGGACAUACGAAGUGCAACUCUCUCUGCCCCCUACCCUGUAUCUGGGUGGACUGCCCCGGAAAUAUGUAGCUGCCCAGCUCCACCUGCACUGGGGUCACAAAGGAUCCCCAGGGGGGUCAGAGCACCAGAUCAACAGCGAAGCCACAGCUGCAGAGCUCCAUAUCGUUCAUUACGACUCCGAUUCCUAUGGCAGCCUGAGUGAGGCUGCCCACAGGCCGCAGGGCCUGGCUGUCCUGGGCAUUCUAAUAGAGGUGGGUGAGACCGAGAAUCCAGCCUAUGAACACAUACUAAGUCAUUUACAUGAAGUAAGCCAUAAAGAUCAGAAGACCUCAGUGCCUCCCUUCAAUGUGAGAGAGCUGCUCCCCCUGCAGCUGGAGCAGUUCUUCCGCUACAAUGGCUCGCUCACCACGCCCCCCUGCUACCAGAGUGUGCUGUGGACAGUCUUCAACCGCAGGGCCCAGAUUUCAGUGGGACAGCUGGAAAGGCUUCAGCAGACACUGUUCUCCACAGAUGAGGAGCCCUCUGAGGCCCUCGUCCAGAACUACCGAGACCCCCAGCCUCUCAACCAGCGGGCUAUCUUUGCCUCUUUCAUUCAAGUGGAACCCUUGUAUACCACAGGUGAAAUGCUGAGUCUAGGUGUGGGGAUCCUGCUCGGCUGUCUCUGCCUUCUGCUGGCUGUUUAUUUCAUCGCUAGAAAGAUUCGGAAGAAGAGGCCAGGAAACGGGAAGAGUGUGGUCUUCACCUCAGCUCAAGCCCCAGAGGAGUCAUAGGCUCCCUCUCAGAUAUCAUGGAGGCCUUCCUCUCACACCUGUCAGGGAGCCUCCAAAGUGGGGUGCAGAGACUGGUCAGAAAAUACUGCUAGGAGUAGUAGGCAGACACUCCUCCUUCUUCUGGACAUCCCCCACAGAGAGGCAAGGUCCCCAGUUCUUUGAGGAAAAACAGCAGAGCCUUCAGUCUCUCAAAACAUGUAGGAGCUCAGGGACCUGUGUGUAUUAAUGCAGAGAGCAAACUAUUUUUGUUUAGUUAUAGAAGCUGGAAAUAGCCCAAAGUCCCCUACUCUUCACCAUUAUAUCCCAUCCGCUAGGUAUAUUGCAGGAUCUCCCCUUAGGAAAAAGGGCUGCUGCUGGGAUUGUUUUUUUGUUUUUUUGCUCAAUACAUUUGGAAAUUAAAGUUUCUGACCUUCAC